AUGGCCUGGCGACUUCAGGCCGGGGAAGUGGUUUCGCUUUCAGCAGUGCCUGGAGUGGAAAAGCUGUCCCGAAGCCAGCAUCGGGUGGCACUGUAUCCACGGGCACGUAGUCCCGUAGACUUGGUGCCAUUGUGGGCAUUUGCUUCCAUGCCAGAGGUUUGGCUCAAUGUAUGUUGUAUAGAUCGGCCGAAGAUGAAAAUCUUCAGGAUGCCGGGCAUGCACCCCUCGCGUCACGCAUGUGGAUUGGAAUCUUCGCCGAGUGAGUCGACAGGGUCGCAAACCACAGAUUGCCCAGCGGAUACCUGGAGCAUCGAAACGUGCUCUCCAGCUUACAGCCAUAACGCCGAGAAUUGGAGCCGCUCGGAGGUACGCCACCCGGCCGGAUAUCCAGUUCCUCCCGGCUGGGAUUUCGUGGGUGAUGCAGGCCCAGCACUCCAGCAAGAAUCAGGCAUGGGCAGACAGCCAAACCGCACGUGCAUCGUAUCAGGCCCUGCUGCGCCAGCAUGUACAGAUGUUACGACGGUUACGAACGAUGUUUUUGCUGGCUUUGCCGGCAAGGGCUUGGCAGCGGAAGUGCAUGGCUUCGGUGCCUCGACUGCGCAGCAGAUGCCGGCGCCAGCGUCAUUUGGAACAAGCCAUGAUGAUGUGUCACUGCAGAAGCGGAUCAACAAGGACCUCACGACGGCCGCCAAGUCUGAGGACGAAGAUCCCGUCUCUGAGGUACUUCGAGUCGCCGCAGUUCAUCUGCACCAUCUGAACAGUGUCAACCUGUCGACUGCGGUCCACCGCCUGGCUCGGGCAUGCGAAGGCUCCAAAGCAAAAGCGAAUCGUGUCAAGACGGAUCCGAUUUUCCUUCUCAUGCUCGAGGUGGCCGAGCACAAGGCCCAGCUGGAGUUACAUGGCCAAGCGGACAGCAUGCCUAGCAAUUGCUGCACGAUCGUCACCUGGUCUUGCGCUGUGCUCCGGUUCUUCCGGCCGAGCCUCUUCACAGUCCUGGCCCGAGUGGCUGCAAGAGAUCUCCAGGAGUGCCAGUGCUAUGAACUCACGAACCUCUUGUGGAGCUUCGCGGAGCUUUGCAAACGACAGCCGACGAUGGCUGAAGACAUGGGCGACACCAUCCAGGAGUUGGUGCAGGCAGCCGCGAGCUCCUUCCUUCAUCGCAGGCCGAAGGCCUGGACGAUCAAAGUCCUAGUCUCCGCAGUGGUGUCGCUGACGUACAUUCCAUGCAAGGACUUCUGUGCCAAGUGGUUCAUUAUCAGCCUCGUGCAGGAGCUGGCCGAACGAAGCGAAGAGGCGCAGGACACCAACCUGGUGCCAGUGGUGGUGGCCUUCGACACAUUGCGCACCAGGCACUUGCAGGUCUUUCGGGACAUCUGCAAUGCCAUGAGCAGACAGCAUCCUGAUUUUGUCAUGCGAUACAUGUAUGGCGGUGCCCGCCAAAACCGAAAUGCUAAGCAGCAUACGAAGCGGCCGAAGGGCCAAGGUGCGCAUGCCUACGGCAACAGUCUACAUGUGCUGGCACCGGCGCUGCUGACGUGCUGCCCAAGCUUUUGCAGGAUGGAGUCCGGAUGCCUGUCCGCACCAUGCAUCUUCAGGUGA